UACAAGUUUAUUUAGAAGGGUCAGUCUAGAAUCCGGUCUCAGUUCGUAAUCGUGACGCGCUCUAACUAUCAACGACGUCAUAAUAUUGAAUAGAUGCCUCGUAGACCAACAACUUCUUCCAACCCAUUUCUAUGAUGAUAUCUGUGAAACAAACCUACCUAGGCCAAGCUAAUAAUCCCAAGUGGCGAGACAAUAAGCGGUAGACAUGAUGAACCAACUUCGCCGCACGUAAUAAUUGGUUUGGUCAAUAUAAAAACGAGGAGCCAUGCUUAAAAAGACUACCAUCUCCCACCGAGGUUUACUCAGACCCAUCAGUAGAAGAAGUCAUCUCGAAAAACCAACACGUCGACCAUACAUUUCAACAGCAUCUACUCAAACCUCACAUCAACGUGUUAGAAAUAUUGCCUUCAACCACCAACUCCCACGCAAGAUGUCGUCGUUCUCAAAUGCGGAUACCGGUGACAAGCCGUCUGGACCUUACUAUGAAAAGAACAUCGACAGGGAUGUAUCCCUAAAAGAGAAGGUUGAGAUUCUAAUCAAAUUCGUGUCGUCGUGCAAGUUCGGCAUGAUGACGACGCGAGACCCCUCGAACGGGAAGCUGGUUUCUCGAUGCAUGGCCGUCGCAGGCAAGGAAGGCGGUGAUAUCGACCUAGCCUUCACGACCAACACAGAAUCACACAAGACGGACGAAUUGAAUGCGGACAGGCACACGAAUAUCUCGUUCUACGACAACUCGGGCCAAUGGGCCUCGAUCGCGGGCGAGGCGAGCAUCGAGACAGACCGGGAGGUCGUGAAGAAGUACUACAGCCCGACGCUCAAGGCUUGGAUGGGAGAUCUAGGCGACGGCGUUCACGACGGAAGCGAGAACGACCCACGCAUUGCUGUGCUCAAAGUGAAAACCAGUUCCAUCACAUAUGCUAUCACAGACAAGACGGUAAUGGGCAGGGUUGCUGAGAUCGCCAAGGGCACCGUCACGGGCGAACCGGCUGGUAUUAAUAAGUUGAGAGAGAUUAGUGAGAGCGAGGUCCAGCAGUGGAGGGCCACUGCUUCAAGACAGGCUUAGGGUUGAGAUUAAGAAUGACGAAGUUUUCCUCCAGUAUAAUUUGGCUAUAAUUUAACCUUAUGAAGUUAAAACCCAAUGAGAUCUUUUUUAUGUCAACGUCGAUCAAAUCAAUGAUAACAAGAGAUAAUGUUAUUAUUAAUGGCCACGGUUGUGAUAAUAGGCAAGAUAUGUCAAAAACACUCCCAUCAGCCGGGCCACCCAUACAAUUGAUCUUCCAUUCUACCGGAGGAGGUUCUUAAAGUAGUAAGUGUAAUCGGGGCUGACGGCGUUUCGAAGGUGCGAAAUUUAAUUUGGAGAUUUGGAAGAAUUAAGUCAGCCAUAGCUAGCGGCCAGUCAGCGCUGGAGCCAUGCCUUGUUGGGGUUAAGUGCAGGCCCGAAACGUGGGAAUGGAUGCUGAUG